CCACUCAGGCUGCAGGGGGAGGGAGGGGAGGAGCUGGGUCAGAGUGGGGCACUGGGGACUCAGCUCUGUGCUGGAGAGCAGCAGGAGGACCAGCGUAGAGCCAGGAGAGCAAAGAGGCUGCCUGAUCAAGGUGUCUGUCUGGAGCAGAUUCUGCGGACACCAGCUCCUACUGUCUGUGAGGGAGACCCCAGUUAUUUCCCUAGCUGUUUCAGCCAAGCCCUCCCGGCUUUUGUGGCCACCUCCCCAGGCAAGGUGUGGGGCUUCCAUCCGCUGAGAAAGGUAUUUGCAGAGCCAUGAAGAAGCGGUAUGUGGUGCUGGCCCUGCUGGCCGUGGUCCUAGUGAUCUUCAUCAUCAUCCUGUGCCUUUGCCUGCUCUUGACCUCCAAGCCACAGAGCCACAUCUACCCCAGGGCAGCUGUGGCCACAGAUGCCAAGUAUUGCUCAGAGAUUGGGAGGGACAUGCUGAGGGACGGUGGCUCGGCGGUGGAUGCUGCCAUUGCGGCCCUGCUGUGUGUGGGGCUCAUGAACGCCCACAGCAUGGGCAUCGGGGGUGGCCUGUUCCUCACCAUCUACAACAGCACCACGCGAAAAGUUGAGAUCAUCAACGCCCGUGAGGUGGCCCCUGGGCUGGCCUCCGAAGGCAUGUUCAACAGCCCGGAGCAGUCACAGAAAGGGGGGCUGUCGGUGGCAGUUCCCGGUGAGAUCCGAGGCUAUGAGUUGGCCCACCAGCGGCAUGGGCGGCUGCCCUGGGCUCACCUCUUUCAACCCAGCAUCCAGCUGGCCCGCCAGGGCUUCCCUGUGGGGAAGGGCUUGGCAGUAGCCCUGGAGAAAAACAGGGCUGUCAUCGAGGAACAGCCUGCACUGUGUGAGGUGUUCUGCCGGGAUGGGAAGGUGCUGCGGGAGGGGGACAGACUGACCAUGCCGCAGCUGGCCAACACAUACGAGACGCUGGCCUUGGAGGGAGCCCAGGCCUUCUACAACGGGAGCCUCACAGCCCAGAUUGUCAAGGACAUCCAGGCGGCUGGGGGCAUUAUGACCACCAAGGACCUGAACAACUACCGUGCUGAGCUGAUAGAGCAGCCACUGAACAUCAGCCUCGGGGACGCCCAGCUCUACGUGCCCAGUGCCCCACUCAGUGGGCCGGUGCUGGCUCUCAUCCUCAACAUCCUCAAGGGGUACAACUUCUCCCCAGCGAGUGUGGAGACACCCGAACAGAAGGGUCUCACCUACCACCGCAUCGUGGAGGCCUUCCGGUUUGCCUAUGCCAAGAGGACCCUGCUUGGGGACCCCAAGUUUGUCAAUAUGAUGGAGGUGGUCCGCAACAUGAGCUCCGAGUUCUUUGCUGCCCAGCUCCGGGCCCGGAUCUCUGAUGAUACCACUCACCCGUUCCCCUACUAUGAGCCUGAGUUCUACACGCCUGAUGAUGGUGGCACUGCCCACCUGUCCGUGGUCGCAGAGGACGGCAGCGCUGUGUCGGCCACCAGCACCAUCAACCUCCAGUUCGGUUCUAAGGUACGAUCACGGGUCAGUGGGAUCCUCUUCAAUGAUGAAAUGGAUGACUUCAGCUCCCCCAAUAUCACCAACCAGUUCGGGGUGCCCCCCUCACCAGCCAACUUCAUCAAACCAGGGAAGCAGCCAGUCUCAUCCAUGUGUCCAGCGAUCAUCGUGGGCCGGGAUGGCCAGGUCCGCAUGGUGGUGGGUGCCUCCGGGGGCACGAAAAUCACCACAGCCACUGCGCUGACCAUCAUCCAUAGCCUGUGGUUUGGCUACGAUUUGAAGCGGGCAGUAGAGGAGCCCCGACUGCACAACCAGCUUCUGCCUAACACCACGACCCUGGAGAAAGACACUGACCAGGCGGUGGUUGCAGCCCUGAAGACCCGGCACCACCACGCUGAGGUCACUUCCAACUUCAUUGCUGUGGUACAGGCCAUUGUCCACACGGCUGGUGGCUGGGCAGCUGCCUCAGAUUCCAGGAAAGGCGGGGAGCCUGCUGGCUACUGAGUACUCAGGGCGGGCAAGGCUGACUGGCGACCUAAGGAUGAGAUGUCCUCUGGGACCAAAGUGGGACUUUGAGGGGAUUUGCUUCCCCUGCGAGUGACAAAGCAGUGCAAUAAAUGGGGGCCACACCAUCAGGCUCUGGGCAGCCUUGCCAACCAGGCUGCCAUAUCCCUGAA